AUGAAGUUCUCCAUCACCGUCGCCAUCGCCAGCCUGCUCGGGGCUUCCGCGGCCGCGCCCACUUUCACCUUUCCAAACUCCACUGCCACCGUCGACGACUUAUUCAGAUCCCUCAAGCGCGCCCCAGAGGGUCAUGCUCUUCUCCGCUCAGAUGGAGUAGUUGUGGCAUUCGACCAGCAGGGCAACGUUAUCGACCGCGCGGCAGCCUCGAACCACGCUGUGCGCGAGUACAACGCCAAAAUGGACCGCGUCCGCGCUCUAUUGCGGGAGAAGCUCGAUUCUCCAUCCCGCCGUGAUGGCGGUGUGGGCCCCUCAGUGGGUGACUUGGCUCGGGCCGCAAAGCGCGAGUCCAGUCAUCCCGGGCCCUACACCAAUGGCACCGCGGUGACCUGCAACUAA